GCUUGGUAGCUGUGCCUUUUGUGGCGCGGAUCAGCCAACCCGUAGGCUCGCGCUCUGUGUGUGCUGGUGAUGAGUUCAAUGGUCAACGCGACACACCGCGUUCGCGCAGCCCCGAACAUCCCACAUAGUCGCGCGACAUCAACAACAAUGGCAAACCGUAGUCUGUUUGGGUAGGAGAUUUCUGAUUGGGAGCUAGACGGUCAGAUCGCUUCGCCUGUAUUUACGCCUUUAUAUCUUCUUAUUUUAAAAUUGUAUUAGUGAGCUUUAAUAUCGAGACGAGAGUGGUCAUCUGGUGUUAUAUAUAUAUAUUUUUUCCCAUUUUGACAUUUUCCCCGAAAAUGUGCGAGGCGCUGUUGGCAAGCUCACACAGUCUGUGCAUGUGUGUCCCUGCUGCUUUUCUGCUGGGCUACAGCUACUAACCUAGCUGCUUUUCACUCGGUGGUAAGCUAGCGUUAGCCUGGCCGCAUUUAUUGACUUGAGGGGGGAAAACACUCGCGAAUGUAAAGGAUAUCGGUGCGAUUUCGUUUAUGACAUCAACCAUUAAGUGUCUGCUAAUCGUUAGUGUCGGUUGAGGUAAGCAGUGGUGUAUGAUUUGUCGUAGAAAAUACUUUGCUGGCUAGCUAACAAGCUAGCUAUUUGUGCGUAUUCUUCGACUGAGGGAAAACGGCGAGUUUUCUUUGAAAGUAUGGAUGAUCAGACCAGGAUGAUGACGGGUCUCACCGGGCUCGGUGGACUAUCACAAGCCGAUGUCGGUGACCCAGACUCGGUCAGGAAACAACAGUCCCUCGGUCAGCCCCAACAAGACAUCGGGGAUAUCCUACAGCAAAUAAUGGCCAUCACCGACGAAAGCCUGGACGAAGCACAGGCCAGAUGCUGGCCAGAGGAUUCGCCGGCGCAUUGGGGUGGAUCAGACGACCCCACAGAGGGAGGGAGAGCAGGGGGGGGCAUGGCAGGGGGUGGCCUGCCUAUCAACUUCCAGCACAGGAAGCAUGCCCUGAACUGUCACAGAAUGAAGCCAGCCCUCUUCAGUGUUCUCUGUGAGAUCAAAGAGAAGACAGUGCUGAGUAUACGAGGUGUGCAGGAGGAGGACCCACCAGAUCCCCAGAUCAUGAGGUUGGACAACAUGCUGUUAGCAGAAGGUGUGUCAGGACCAGAGAAGGGAGGAGGAUCGGCUGCAGCGGCCGCAGCUGCAGCAGCAGCAGGGGGCUCACCCACCGACAGCAGCAUAGAACACUCUGACUACAGAGCCAAGCUUGCUCAGAUUCGCCAGAUAUAUCAUUCUGAGCUGGAGAAGUAUGAGCAGGCCUGCAGUGAGUUCACCAACCAUGUAAUGAACCUGCUGAGAGAGCAGUCGCGCACACGGCCCAUCUCUCCAAAGGAGAUUGAGCGCAUGGUGGCCAUCAUCCACCGCAAGUUCAGCUCAAUUCAGAUGCAGCUCAAACAGAGCACCUGUGAGGCUGUCAUGAUCCUGCGCUCACGCUUCCUUGACGCCAGACGCAAGAGGCGCAAUUUCAACAAGCAAGCUACAGAGGUGCUGAAUGAGUAUUUCUACUCCCACCUGUCUAACCCUUACCCUAGUGAGGAAGCCAAGGAGGAACUGGCCAAAAAAUGUGGGAUCACUGUGUCUCAGGUCUCUAACUGGUUUGGCAACAAGAGAAUACGUUACAAGAAGAACAUUGGUAAGUUCCAGGAGGAGGCAAACCUCUACGCAGUUAAAACAGCGGUGGAUGCUGCCAAUGUGUCGGCACAGGCUAGCCAGGCUAACUCUCCAGCCACGCCCAACUCAGGUGGAUACCCUGCACCGUGCUACACACCUGACGGGCGGCUAUGAGGAGCUGUCGGGUAGUGGCCUCUACACCCCUCAUGGCCUGGAUGCUAACAGCUGGCAGGACACCAACAACCCCCCCUCGGUCACUUCCCCUCCUGGUCCUCCUGGCAGCGUCCACUCCGACACCUCCAAUUGAUCCAGUGGCUCUACCUGCCAUCACAUCAUUCCCACUGUGGUCUGCUCUGACUAACAUCUUCUGUCCCCAUUCUUCAAUAUUCCAUUGCCUCUCAAUUUAACAGCCACAUAGGGCUGUGAUUUCAAUUCAUGAACACACACUGUGCUGGAACACAGGACAGUGAACAGAUGGGAGGAAUUCUCCCUCCACCAUACAGCUCCAUUUCAAUGCUUCGAGCUCCGUGUCGCUUAGUGAAAGACGGAUGGAGUCUUACUGAGACAUAGAAAACAUCUUUACUAUCAAGGACUUUUUGAAAACCACUGACCCAGCUGUGUAGAUGAUCAUGAUGUCUGUACAUUAUGUGUAUAUGCACGUUAACUUCACACAGUACUCACACAGCUUGUCCAUGUGCUGUUGACCUCUGCACUUGAUCCUUUGCUUUGGAAAACUGUGUGUGAUUGCCUGUAUCUCUUGAAGCCUUGGCAUUUGCAGCCAAUCUGUUGAUACAGAUCACCAGGGAGCUCUGCUCACCUCGCUCGUACCAAAGUGCUGCCCCAGUAGUUGUCAACACAUCUGUUCCUCCGAGAUCACCCUCUGCCAACUUGACACAAGACGCUGUUGUAUCUUCCUGUCCUUAUAGGUUGAUAAUUCAUUCUGUUGGAGAUUUCAAAGUGAGUAAUUGAUACAUGUGCAAAGGUGCAUGC